AUGAAUAUUAACAGCACGAAAAAGAGAAAACACAAUGAAGAAGAAGAUUGCAACAGCAAUAAGGGUUCUGAUAAUGACUAUCAUCCUGGUGUGGAUAACUUUUCGCAGCUGGAACCAUCACCAAAGGCUGGUAUUCAAUUGGAGGAGGAAUUUAAUUCAUUUUGCAAAGAUGAGACAGACCACACUUAUCAAACCGAGGAUCCCAGCAAUUAUGCUGAAACAUUGACAAGAAAAUAUAUAUUGACACUACAGGAGGUGGAUAUACGUGAAACUAAUAACAAAGAACUCUUAUAUGACAACAGCAUCUCAAUUUAUGACAGAUUGUAA